GCACAGAAUCACAUUCCAGAACAGAAGAGGGGUGGGCGGAGCUUCAGGUGAACAUGUAUAAGAGCUAUACAGGUGAGAGAGAGAGAGAGACCAGGAGUCUAAGUCUGAACUCACUCAGCAGGGCACAGACGAGAACAGCUUAUGAAGAUGCUUAAAGGAUUACUGUCGGUGCUCUUGGUCCUGGUGACCUUGUCUUCUGUCAUGGGGAAGCCUGACACGACCACUCCCAAGAAAGAGAAGAGGAUUCCUCAGACCCUCUCCAGAGGAUGGGGUGAUCAGCUGAUUUGGGCACAGACUUAUGAGGAAGCUCUGUUUUGGUCACGAUCCAAAAACAAGCCCCUCAUGGUCAUCUUUCACCUGGAGGACUGUCCACACAGCCAGGCUCUGAAGAAGGCUUUCGCUGAGGAUAAAGUCAUCCAGACGUUGGCCGAUGAGGAAUUUGUGAUCUUGAACUUGGUGUACGAGACAACAGAUAAACACUUGUCUCCUGAUGGCCAGUACGUUCCCAGAAUCCUCUUUGUCGAUCCCUCUAUGACUGUUCGUGCAGACAUCACCGGCCGUUAUUCCAACCGUUUGUACGCCUAUGAACCUGCUGAUAUGAAACUCUUGUUGAGCAACAUGCAAAGAGCCUUGAAGUUUCUGAAGACAGAGUUGUGAACACAAAAGCCUAGUCUUUUUGUCCGCCAAAAGGAUAUUACUUCCCUGACGGUCACUAUUAUUCUGUCAUUUGUUUACUGAUGGCAUGAAACGCACUGUACUGUACAAAAUUUAAAAAAAAAAUGUGUUAGAGGAGAUUGUUACGGUAAAACUUAAAGCUUUCUUUUU